AUGGCUACCAUCGAACCGCGCCUGAUUCACCUCUUGAAUGAGUCGACAUCGACUCCUCAUCACGCUCAUGCCGACCUCCCUCCUUUGCAUGCCCUUCCUCUGCACGCCCAUGGCGAUAGGCCUCUGCCGAGGCUCGACCGCGAUGCGAGCCGUCAUGCCGCUUCGCAUCCGUAUCCCAUCCGCCUGCUGCUCGACGAUUCCGACUCGGGUGACUCUCGCCACGGUCACGGUGCCUACCGCGAUGACAGCCCUGAUGGACCUGAUGAAGCCCACCGCAAGAAGCGCAGCCGUGCCACCAUGCACGUCAAGGACGACUUUGUCCAGCUGCCUCAGCCGCUCAAGAAGCAAAAGGCGACACAGCAGGCUCUCGUCAUGCCGCCCAUUAUCAAUGGCCUCCACGAACCUCCACCUCACGCCGCUCUCUUCCCACCCAUUUCCUCGACCACCUACGAGAAUGAUACCAACCAGAUGAAGAUGAUGCACGACUUCAAUACCCAUAGCAGCCCCGACGAACGCUCCCAGCGACGAGGCUCCUCCGAGACCGACAAGAGUUCUUCCAAGGGCCGCAAGCGCGCCACGAAGCCCCGACGCAAGUGGACGGACGAGGAGACGAACCAUCUUCUUCUCGGAGUGAACCGCCACGGCGUCGGCAAAUGGACCAACAUUUUGGAAGACCCCGACUUUACAUUCAACGAGCGUACUGCUGGCGACUUGAAGGACCGCUUCCGCACUUGCUGCCCCGAAGAGCUCCGAAGCUCCAGCAAGACGUCGAGGUCCGAACGCCGCUCAGAAAGCACCAGCAAGAGCAGCUCCCGCAAGGGUUUGCACUCAGAAAAUAUCUUGAUUAGUGACGAGAAGUCUCGGUCCAAGAUCUCCAAGAAUUGUACCGAGCUCGAGGAGUCAUCUAAACAGAAGAAGAGUCGUGCUCAUCGAAAGAACAUGGGUGAUUUGGCCGAACUCGGCAUUCAUGGCCCCUUCAAAAAGUCCCAUCGUCGUGAGCGCCGCCCCUUUACGGAGCAGGACGAUCACGAGAUUCUCGAGGGCCUGGACCACUACGGCCCUGCCUGGACCAAGAUUCAGCGCGACCCUCGCUACCAUCUCUCCACCCGACAGCCGACCGAUUUGCGCGAUAGAGUCCGCAACAAAUACCCUGCUAUUUAUCAGCGUAUUGAAAAGGGCACGUUCCAAGCCAAGGACUCUUCCAGAGGCAACGAUAUCAUGGAGCCUUCUGUCAACAUGUCCAUCGACAACUCGUUAAAGCGUUCCAAGGUAGCUGCCAUUGCCAAUCGUCGUGGCUCUCGUGACGAGACUCCCAGAUGGCCUGCCCAUGUUGAAUCAGAGUACCUCCAGCAUCCUGGCUUCGAGUUUGGAGAUGCUGGUGCAAACCACUUCAUGGGUGGCGAGAUGGACAUUUCCAGACUUCUUCUGGAUGAUUCCCGCAUGGUGCACGGCCAUGGGCGACAUGACGAGCUGUCUGGCCCUUCGUCCCCCACCGCCCCAGGCCUAGACUCUCGUCGCGACCGCUACGAAUAUGCACUUCGGUGCUAA